UAGCUUCCUUUGAGCCUUUGGAAAAUGAGUAGUCUUCUCACACUAAACAUGUCACGAAGUUCCAUACAAGGAGAAGUUCCACCAGAUAUUGGAGAACUGAAGGCUAUUGUAGCAAUAGAUCUUUCCAGCAACCACUUUUCAGGCAUGAUACCAAGUAGAAUAGGGGACCUCGAGAACAUGCUGUAUCUUUCCCUAUCAAACAACUCCUUUUUGGGCUUAAUUCCAUUAUCCUUUUCGAGCUUGAUAAGCUUGGUAUUCCUGGAUUUGUCCUUAAAUGCCUUGUCUGGUAGUAUUCCUAAGUCAUUGGAAAACCUAUCACACCUUGCAAGUAUCAAUGUUUCAUUUAAUGAUUUAGAAGGUGAAAUACCCAGUGGUGGUGUGUUUGCAAAUUCUACUUCACAAUCUUUCCUAGGGAACAGAGGUUUAUGUGGAAUGCAAGUACUGGGGGUUUCUGCUUGCACAAUCACUAAUUCUGGACAACAAUCAAGGUUUAAGAAGCUUGUGCUAAAUGUCGUUACUCCGGUGGUUAUUUCAUCUUUUAUAAUAUUCUUGUUGGCUUCAAUUUGGAUAAUGCAACGACAGAAGAAGAAAGGGAAGUCUAGAGAUGUGGAAAAGGUACCGGAGAUCAGGACUUAUCAAUUGGUUUCUUAUCUCGAGAUUCAACGAGCAACAAAUAAUUUUGAUGGAUCAAAUUUAAUUGGUGUGGGAAGUUCUGGUUCUGUGUACAAAGGCACAUUAUCUAGUGGACUUGUGGUGGCAAUAAAGGUUCUGGAUUUACAAAAUGAGGAAGCAUGCAAAAGGUUUGAUGCUGAAUGUGAAGUGAUGAGAAAUGUUCGGCACAAAAAUCUUGUCCCGGUGAUUACUACUUGUUCUAGUGAAUACAUAAGAGCCUUUGUUCUGCAAUAUAUGUCCAAUGGGAGUCUUGAUAAUUGGUUUUACAAAGAAGAUCGCCACUUGAACCUUCUUCAAAGAGUCACCAUAAUGCAUGAUGUGGCUUUGGGAGUUGAAUACCUACAUCAUGGUCAUCACGUCCCCAUAGUACAUUGUGACCGAAAGCCAGCCAACGUUCUUUUGGAUGAAGAAAUGGUGGCAUAUGUUAGUGAUUUUGGCAUCUCCAAAAUUUUGGCUGUAAGCAAGUCCAUGGCUCAUACCGAGACAUUAGGCACUCUUGGUUAUAUUGCACCAGAAUAUGGCUCGGAGGGAAUAGUGUCUACUAGUGGUGAUGUUUACAGCCAUGGCAUCAUGUUGAUGGAGGUUCUGGCAAAAAGAAGGCCAACAGAUGAAGAGAUAUUCAAUGAAAAUCUUGGCUUAAGGGAGUGGAUAAAACGAGCAUUUUCAGGGACUAUGAUGGAAGUUGUGGAUGCCAAUCUUUUUCUUGAGGAAGAACAAGUCAAUUCUAAAAGUGAAAUUUGCAUAGCGUCCAUGAUACAAUUGGCUUUGGACUGCACAAACGAAAGGCCAGAAUCAAGGAUAACCAUGAAAGAUGUAGUCAAGAGGCUUCACAAAAUCAAGAACACAUUUUUGGCAACAUAGAAGUCAGCAUCUCUUAAGGUGGUGUGCUUUCUGAGCUGCAAGUUAAUAUGUUGCUUUUUGUUCACCUGAUAUCUUUAAUAUAGUCGUCCGUACUACUUGAAGUCAUGUACAGUUCGUAAUUUUGAGUGUUGAAGUCCCUCAUGUUGUAAAUUUCAUAUUUGAGUGGUUUUGAACCA